GGAGGUCGGGUGGUUAUACUGAUGUUUAUAUUGCUGGGUGUACGAUUUUUAGCGCUGUGUUUAGGAUGAUUGACGUUAAUUACUUGGAGGAUGGGGGCGUUGAGAGGAGGGGGCGGGUGAGAAAGGGCGGCGAGGAGGAGGAGGAGGAAAAGAAGAAGGAGGUUUACGAAGUGGGAGAGAAGAUGGAAGAAACGGCAAAGGGUUGGGUACAGACGGGGUUAGAUGCGGUGGAAUUGGGAUUCAUGAACCCUAGGGGUGUUGGAUGCAAAACAUCUAGUCUCAGCAGCCAUCGAUCUCCUCCUAGUCGAUCUAUCAUACUACCACCUCCGCCACAAUUCGCCCAUCGCCUCUCUACCCAUACGCCCCCUAACCUCCCAACCCCUCCCUCUAGCCCUCUUCAACGCCUUCAAGCCCGCUGGACAAUGAAUGCCCUCCACUCCAUCCUCGCCGCCAUAACCGUACCCCUGCACAUCUUUUCUCCCGCUGGUUUCCCACCUCUCUUCGGCAGUUUCAGACAUGCAUAUACGAUCAAGGGGUUUUGGUCCCACACCUGGCAUCAAAUGAUGCGCACGCUCGCCCUCCCAUAUACAAACGCCCUGGUCCGCACACUCCAUCUUAACCCCAGCCAGAAAUCAACUUAUUGGGUCAAAGUGUCUUGUGCGUUUUUCUGGGCUUGGGCUGUGCAUGCUUAUGGCACUUUGAUCGCUGGUGGGGGGUACACGGCGGAUUUGUAUCGUUAUGUGCCUCAAGUUGCUGCAUUUUGGGUUGAAGAAAAGGUUAUGGAGGUGGGGAGAAGAUUAGGGUUGAAGGGGAGAGGUUGGAGGAUCGCUGGAUAUGUGUGGGUGUUUUGCUUCCAGGGGGCGACGUUGAUUGUGUGGUUUGGACCUGCUGUGAGGAUGGGCGCGCAUCUGAAGGGGCCGUUGCCUUGGAGUUUUGUGGAGUGGGUUGUUGCGAAGAUGUAGAUAUUCGAUGGUUAGGAG